AAGCAAUCAGACGUUAUAUUGAUUGUAAUACAUCUGCCUCAGCUUUCCCAACCCACUGUUCCCUACUUUCGCGUUUACAAUUCAUCGAACACCUCUGGAUUAUCAUGCUGGAGCGGUUGAUGAAUUUACAUAUGAUUUAGGAUGAGCCGGAGGCAAUUUGCGUGUGUAUGGAGCAGAGUCCGGCAUGUGGCAGCAACAAUGAGACUUAUUCCACACCCUGUGCUCUUCAUGAGGAAGCGAUGCGGCUUAGAAAAGCUUCACUCAAGCUAAAACACCUAGGGCCAUGUCCCAGUCGUCCGUGGAUUUUCUCACCGCUGAUGGAUACUGCUACUCCCCUCGGUCAACGAGUCGCACUCAAUUGUGAAGCCAAGGGAUUCCCCGUUCCCGAUAUUCUCUGGGAGUUUCGCUCAGCCAGUGAUGGCGUUGUUCUCAAAUUACCAAGUUAGUUCUUUUAUGAUCAUCUCAUUGGUUGGCAACUGGCGUUUCGGGCAAUAAUUGAAGAAUUAGGUUGAUGUUGACGAGGUUCAGGAUCUGUUGUUGAAUGGCGCUGUUCAAUUGAGAGCAAUUCAAUAUGCGGUUAUGGUUCAGCCAAAUGGGCAUUCGGUAAUAGUUACUCAAUCAU